AUUCCUUCUUUGCUCCAUCCCUCAAUUCUCCUCAUCAUCAUCAAAAGUUUGGUUGGAACGGGCCGUCUUUUCGUUAAUGAUACCCGCUGUCCCCUGGUAACAGUUGCCUUAUGAAUCAUGCAAGAGUCUCUAUCAACGACAACUAAGACAAGGCCGCUCAACCCCUGUAUGGUCUGUAAGCAAAGACAUCUCAAGUGUGACAACGAUAAACCUUCUUGUGCCAAUUGUCGAAAGAGCGAUAUUGAGUGCGUUCGAGGUUUCAGUGUGAGAUUUCGUCAUGGUCUGAAUCCAAGUAUACGAUCUGGUAAGGCUGUUGAAGCCAAGAAUAGAGACUACAAUUUCUCUCAAGAUCAACCAUGGGUCAAGACAACCAGAGCUCUAAGUUUUGUUGAUGAGACUCCAGACAUCAUUAACAUCCAUGAUUCGAACAACCUGGACACAUUGGAAAACUUCGACAUUGGACGUGAUAUCGACAAUGCCAGCAAUCAAUCUUCACCGGCCCUUGCUUCUCUACAAACAAUUCGAUCAAAUGAUUCAACGUCUUAUUCCGAUCAGGACAGAUCCAACUCAACUUCAGUCUUUGGGAUCUCUUCUUCCAAUAUAGAUCAGGAGCGCCCUUCAAAGAAACGAGCAUUAAGUCCAUCUUCAAGUGGAAAUUGGAAGAACACCUCUCGCUCGGACCCUAGCGGUGCUAUCUCACCCAGCCAGAAGUCUGAUACCAUAGGACCUUUCGCAUCGUUUUCGGGACCUCACACUAUCGAAUCUCCUAUCCUUAGUAGUGAUAUUGUUUUGGGUGUUGGAAGUCCUCAAGUUGCCGCGGCGCUCGCGAGCUCUCGUGGAACAGACCUUCCAAUUCCAGUGGACAAUGUUGCCGAAGCUAUCUCAGGUAUUUACUUGGAUACGCCGAGAUGGCCACUGGAAGAUCCACAGGAGGCGAUGUUAUUUUACAACUUCAUCCACGUCUUGGCACCGCUCUUCGAUUUGUGUGACAGCGAGCGACAUUUCGCUACGAUUGUCCCGCGUCGAGCAGUCAUAUGUCCUCCACUUAUGAACGCAGUGCUUGCGGCUUCUGCCAAACGAUUAAGCAGAAUUGAUGGGUUUGAUGGCUUAGUCGGCGACCGUUAUCACCAGAACUGCCUCGAUGCUCUCAUCCCUGCCCUGAGCAGUUCUGCAGCUGUCAUGGACGAAAAUCUCCUCACUGCCAUUGUCAUUCUUCGCUACAUGGAGGAACUCGACGUGCCCCUCACAUCUGCAGACACGGCCAGCGAAUCACAUCUUGUUGGUACUCGAGUCUUUGUUGCAGCUCAAGAAAAAGUUUUAGACUUUACUGGACUACGACGUGCGGCAUUCUGGGUUGCACUACGGCAAGAGAUACACAUGGCUUUUAUGCAGGCCCGGCCCGUCCACCCAAAUUUCGCCUUGGAAGACAUCUCUAGGCUUGUUCAAAACGAUGACACCUGUUGCACCUUUGCAAAUUUAACUAUCUUGCAAUGUGCUGCUUGUCUACGUUAUUGUUAUGGGUCGGAAGAUCAGAGCUUCUCAGCAUGGGAGAGGUUGCAAGAGGCUCAAGAGCGAUGGUGGGCGGAUAGGCCAUGGCACUUUCAUCCGAUGUACAUCAACACUGAUUCACCUGGUAUCUUCCCACAAGCGCUGUAUCUCAACGACGCCGUGGUUACAGGAGUGCUCCAUUACCUGCUGAUUCAGGUUUUGUUAGCAGCUCACAACCCUAGGACACCAAAAUUAGGUCCCGGGCAGGCCAAAGCGGCCAAGUCAAUAAAUGAGGAGAUUAGAAGGACGGUCAAAAUGGUGUGUGGUGUUGCUGAGUCUAACCAACGCAAUCCAACGGGCUAUGCAUAUGCUUGCUUGGCUAUAACGAUGGCGGGUGACCGAUUCAAUAACUUGUUUGAACAGGAAGCCCUAUAUGGCAUGCUACAAAAAGCAGAUGUACAAUUUGGGUGGCCGAAUCGAUCAGUACAAGAGUAUUUAAAGGAAGCUUGGGGUUGGACCGAAUCUCCUGAGAACGUGAAUUCUGGAAUGCCUAUCUCAGGGAUGUUAAAUAGCAACUUGCAGUUGGUGUAAUGGAUAUUCAUGACUGAUUACUUCUUGAA